GCGAGAGGGGCCGGGGAGCGGCGCAGGGCGGGGGCCCAGCCGCUGGAGCCGGACGGGCCUCGGCGCCGCACGGGCCCCAGGGCCCGGCCCGCAGCGGCCGCCCGUGCUCGGCAGCGCCGGGCGGGUUCGUGCUGCGGGCGGCAGCGGUGCUCGGUGCCCCGUCAGAGGCACCGCACGGACAGCAGCGCUGCUGCUCCCGGAGUGCAGCGCUGCCCCGAUCCCCGGCAGUGCAGCUGAAGUUAGAGGGCACGGAGGGAAGUGAAGGCAGAGCUCUGGCUGGGAUACCUGAAGGGGAAGGAAGCAGAAUUAAGUGGAAAAGGAGCGAUAAUCAAAAAUCAACAGCGCUAUUUCUAACAGAAGGAAACAAUCAAAAUACCUUUUGCCAACUUCGGAAGGAAAAGAGAAAUAUGGAUAGACUUCUGCGACUGGGAGGAGGUAUGCCUGGGCUGGGACAGGGGCCACCAACAGAUGCUCCUGCAGUCGAUACAGCGGAACAGGUUUAUAUCUCUUCACUUGCACUGCUGAAAAUGUUGAAGCAUGGUCGUGCUGGUGUCCCUAUGGAAGUUAUGGGUCUGAUGCUUGGGGAAUUUGUUGAUGAUUAUACUGUAAGAGUGAUUGAUGUUUUUGCAAUGCCACAGUCUGGAACGGGUGUCAGUGUGGAGGCAGUUGAUCCAGUAUUUCAAGCAAAAAUGUUGGAUAUGCUGAAACAGACGGGAAGACCUGAGAUGGUAGUUGGUUGGUAUCACAGUCAUCCUGGCUUUGGCUGUUGGUUGUCUGGUGUAGAUAUCAAUACUCAACAGAGCUUUGAAGCCUUAUCAGAAAGAGCUGUUGCUGUGGUGGUGGAUCCCAUACAGAGUGUAAAAGGAAAGGUUGUUAUUGAUGCCUUCAGAUUGAUCAAUGCUAAUAUGAUGGUCUUAGGACAUGAACCACGACAAACAACUUCAAAUCUGGGUCACCUAAACAAGCCAUCUAUCCAGGCACUAAUCCAUGGACUAAACAGACAUUACUAUUCCAUCACCAUCAACUACAGGAAGAAUGAACUAGAACAGAAGAUGCUGCUAAAUUUGCAUAAGAAGAGUUGGAUGGAAGGUUUGACACUUCAGGACUACAGUGAACAUUGCAAACUCAAUGAAACAGUAGUGAAGGAGAUGUUAGAAUUAGCUAAGAAUUAUAACAAGGCUGUUGAAGAAGAAGAUAAGAUGACACCUGAACAGCUGGCAAUAAAAAAUGUUGGCAAGCAGGACCCUAAACGUCAUUUAGAAGAACAUGUGGAUGUGCUGAUGACCUCAAACAUUGUCCAGUGUUUAGCUGCUAUGUUGGAUACAGUUGUAUUUAAAUAACUGAUUUACCGUUGGUGAUACUUUCUGUGUCUAUUUGUUUAUUGUUUCUAAUACAAAACAGAGACUGAUGAGGCUCUAUUUGAUUAAACGGAGACAUCUGACUUCAUUUGCAAUGUAAGUGCAGCAUUGUAACACCUCUCAGUCUCUAAUUGUGCAUUUGCUUCAGUUUCUUUUGUCAGGGUCCUCACAGAUUCCAAAGCAUUCAAGAACACAAUGUGGGAAAAAAUUGAGUAUGUUUUCAUUUAAUAUUUUGGGGGGGGGGGGGUGGGAUUGGUAGUACAUAUAUAUUUUGAUUGUUGCAACAUAAUAAAAAUACAUUUACCAAUCUG